AAACACGCCCCUGCAUCCAGCCAGAUCCAGAUCUCUCUCUCUCUCUCUCUCUCUGUCUCUCUGCAGUCCUGUGGUUUCUCUGAACUUACGCUGACUCUCUGCAGAAAUCUACAUCCAGGAUUCAGCCAUGCUGAGAGGGGGAUUAUGGAAUAUGAUGGUUGCUAUGAUGCUGUGGGCCGUCUGGCUGGCCCCCUGUCUUGGCCAGACCACCUCACCCUCUCAGGAUGGAAAAAUCAAGGUCCGUCUGGCUGGAUACCCUCGCAAGCACAAUGAAGGGAGGGUGGAAGUAUUUUACGAGGGAGAGUGGGGAACUAUCUGCGAUGAUGACUUCACCUUGACCAACGCUCAUGUUCUGUGUCGCCAUCUAGGGUUCGUGGAGGCAACAAGCUGGUCGCACAAUGCCAAGUACGGACCGGGCACUGGUAAAAUCUGGCUGGAUAAUGUCAUAUGUGGAGGCUCAGAAAACAGCAUUGAGAAAUGUGUGUCCCGGGGCUGGGGGAACAGUGAUUGUACUCACCAGGAGGAUGCCGGCGUGGUCUGUAAGGACGAGAGGCUUCCGGGUUUCACAGACUCCAACAUCAUUGAGAUGCAAGUGGAUGAAAACAGACUGGAAAAGAUUCGUCUGCGUCCCCUCUCAGGUGUCCAUUCGGGCCGCGUGCCCGUGACAGAGGGACUGAUAGAGGUCAAGUUUAAAGGAGGAUGGGGUCAGAUAUGCAACACUGGCUGGACCAUCAAAAACUCUCGGGUGGUGUGUGGCAUGAUGGGAUUCCCUUUACAGAGGACUAUGGCAGGGACACCUCAUAGUCCUCAGAGUGUGUACAGAAUCCAUUCUGUGUCCUGCACAGGAAAUGAGGCUCAUCUGUCAGCGUGCUCUAUGGAGUUCGGUGAGUUGAACUCUAGCGCCCCCUGUCCCAGCGGUGGACCCGCUGCAGUCAGCUGUGUGCCCGGACCUCGGUUCACACGGAGCAGAUCACGCAGGGUCAAGCUCAAUUCAACGUCUACGGUGCGUCUGAAGGGCGGAGCCAAAACAGGUGAAGGUCGCGUUGAGGUCCUGAAGGAGAAGGAAUGGGGCACGGUCUGUGAUGACCACUGGAACCUGCCGUCGGCCAGCGUGGUGUGUAGAGAACUUGGCUUUGGCACAGCUAAAGAGGCCCUGACCGGAGCACGAAUGGGCCAGGGCAUGGGUCCCAUCUACAUGAAUGAGGUUCAGUGUCAUGGAGAUGAGAAAAGCUUGUGGGAUUGUCCUCAUAAGAGCAUCACUGCUGGAGACUGCAAACACAUGGAAGACGCAUCCGUCGUCUGCAACAUUCCCUACAUGGGCUACGAGAAAACGAUCCGCCUGACAGGGGGGAGAACGCGUCUGGAGGGGAGGGUGGAGCUCCUGCACUCCGGGGGCAGCGGGGUGAGGGGUUGGGGGCUGAUCUGUGGGGAUGGAUGGACAUCUCGGGAGGCCAUGGUAGUGUGCAGACAGCUGGGGCUGGGACACGCCAGCAGCGGCCUGAGAGUAAGACAGAUUCGCAUAUUCCACAUCAAAACACAAAGCAACACAUUUUCACCAUCUUAUUUCUUCGAGUCUCGGCUGAUAAUAGCAAUGGGUUCUCUUCCUAAGGAAACGUGGUACUGGGACAGCAGUAAUGUGACAGAGAUGGUGCUGAGCGGAGUGAAAUGCAAAGGAGAUGAAAUGACUUUAACCGACUGUCAACAUCAUUCUACGGUCAGCUGCAAGAGAGCAGGAGCCGAGUUUUCUGCCGGCGUCAUUUGCUCAGACACGGCAUCUGACCUGGUCCUGAAUGCCCCAUUGGUGGAGCAGACGGUUUACAUCGAGGACCGCCCCCUGCACCUGCUGUACUGCGCGGCGGAGGAGAACUGUCUCACCCAAUCGGCAGCCAAAGCCAACUGGCCGUACGGUCAGCGUCGCCUGCUCCGUUUCUCCUCACAGAUCCACAACAUCGGCAAAGCUGACUUCCGGCCACGUCUCGGCCGACACUCGUGGGUCUGGCACGAGUGUCACAGGCACUAUCACAGUAUGGAUAUCUUCACCUAUUAUGACCUGCUGUCUCUAAAUGGGACCAAAGUGGCUGAUGGACACAAGGCUAGCUUCUGUCUGGAAGACACCCAGUGCCAUGAGGGUGUUUCAAAACGAUAUGAAUGUGCUAACUUUGGAGAGCAGGGCAUCACGGUGGGCUGUUGGGACUUGUACAGACAUGACAUUGACUGCCAGUGGAUCGACAUCACGGAUGUCAAACCGGGAAACUACAUACUACAGGUCAUAAUAAACCCCAACUUUGAGGUAGCUGAGAGUGACUUUACCAACAACGCCAUGCGGUGCAACUGCAAAUACGACGGCAACCACGUCUGGUUGCAUCAAUGUCAUCUUGGUGACUCAUUUAGUGAGGAGGCUGAGAAACAGUUUGAGCAUUACCCUGGCCAGCUCAACAACAAGAUCUCAUAACAUCAUUCACCAAACUGCGAGAGAACUGCAAGAACCACAUGGAUCUGAACGGAGACAUUUUAUUAACUUUGUAUUACUGUCGAUCUGAAUGAGAUCUGACGCAACUGUGGUCCGAUCACAUGAUGUCAUAAUGAGUUUACUUUUAUAUGAGGUCAUUGAAAAACAGCAUUAUGUAGUCGAGGGCUUCAGAGACCGAACAGAUCUGUGACUGUGGCCUGAGGCUUUGACUAUGUAAAUAUAAGCGGUUGGUUAGAGAAUGACUGUGGCUGUACACUUCCUCUUUUAUGAAGGAAGAUGGUUCACGCGAAACAUUUCAUUCAGUGAAAUUAAAAGAUUUGUAGACACAUGUAUUCUUUCAGCAGAGGUUUUUAUCCAAAACAAGUGUUCAACUUUUUGCCUUGGAGCCAAAAAAGCAUUAGGGAAAUCUAAAUGAUGCUUGUGUACAGAUUGUUUUUGUGAAUUUCUCUUCAUAUUAGACAUUACACUAUAUUAUUUUUUUAAAUUGCAGUAUAUGAAAUCGGUUGCCCCAGCAAGAGUCCCCUUAAUUUAGCAAAACUUACGACGCUCACACCGUUCGUAAAACACAAUCUUCUCCUUGUCUACAUAAACAGCUAAUAUAGAAAAAUAAUGUAAAAAAACAUUUGAACGUGUACGUUUCUCAAAUCUGAAUAAAAUGAAGGCAGUUAUCGUCAGAAAAUGA